GAUAAUUAUGCCGUGAAAAUGUAUACAUAUUUAAUUAAAACUGCUCAGAAACUUUACACUAUAUCUGCUAUGUGAUGGAAAUGAGUAUGUAACUGCUCUUUACGAAGGAAAAACAGGAAACAAGGUGUGGCCCUCUGACGGUAAGCGUCAUUACCAAGGUCACGUCUGGAAAUGAUGGGAAAUAAAAGUACAAGUUCCUCCUCCAGUGCUCCUUAUAAAAGGUGGACAAUAUCAAACCGGCGGCAUCACUCCAGAACAGACAUGGAGAUUCUCUUUCUGCUCAUCGCGUUAGGCCUCGCAGGAGUGUCCUCCCUGGAGGAGGACAAGCUGUGCACGCCUCACUCCAGACCCUGGCAGGUGUCUCUGAGCGAUUGGCGGACGAGUUGCAGCGGCGCGCUCAUCAAUGAGUGGUGGCUGGUGACGUCUGCCGCCUGCACACCAAGAUCCAACAACGUCAUCGCCUCACUCGGAGAACACGACCUCACGGCGGACGAGGAAACCGAGCAGCACAUUCCCGUGGCGGACAUUAUCCGCCACAGCCCGUACCGUUCGCCCCUCCACAGCCUGGCCUUGGUGCGCCUGGCCAAGCCGGCCCGCUUUACUCCGCACGUGCAGCCCAUCGGCCUGCCCGAUCGCUGCCCUCAGCCCGGAGAGAGCUGCAGUGUGAGCGGCUGGGGCUCCACCGUACCAAAUCAAUACGAAUCUCCUGAGCAGCUGAAGUGCUUGAAUGUGCAUGUUGUGGAAGACCAGGCUUGUAUCAACACUUUCCCAGACUACGUGUUCUGGAGCCUGGGCAUGGUGUGCGCCGGCGGGGACAACGCCACAGACAACUGUUUGAGCGAUGCAGGCGCCGUUCUGGUGUGCGGCGGCCAGCUGCAGGGCGUUCAGUGGUUCAGACACGGCUGCCAGAACGCGGAGCACCCCAGCGUCUACACGAAGCUGUGCAUGUACAAUGACUGGAUCCGCAGGGUGAUGGCCAGCUCCACCCCAACCACUACAACUGCACGGCCGACGACCUCGAAAGGCGCCAUAAAAGGGCAGGAAGGGCAAGAAUAAAAAAUACCGCCCCAACGCCAAACUGUUACUCAGUUUUCAUCAACAGCUGCCUAGUGGCUGACGUGAACUAUCACUGACUCAGAUUGUAAAAGAAAUGAAAAUACUGAAUUCAAUAUGCUUGAUUUUUAGGGUUUUGGUGAUGUUUCAUUGUUUCGAAGUCUUAAUUUGGACCUCUCCACGUGACUUCUAUGUUUUUAUACUUUGUUCGAAAGUAAUUUAAUUCUCAGGCUUCCCUGGCUGUUUACAGAAAACGUUUUGCCGCAUCUAGCAAUCAGUUAGCAUCUGCGAGCAAACAAAUUUGACGGGAUGUUGGCCCAUAGUGCCCCCAGUGGCCAGUUGAAUAAUUUGACACCCGGCACAGAUUGCGGUCCGACACUGUAUCAAUUCUCAUAUUACAAAAUCAGUAUUUUGACACAUUUGGGGGAGAUGCAUGUUUAAAAUGGCUAUAACUACACUGUGAGUUAGGGAUGGGUACUUGUCACAUUACCUGGGUAUUGAUACCUGUAUUCAACGGUACCAAUGUUUGGUACUUUUCUGUGCGUUCAUGUUUAAUUUGUUUAAUAAUGAAAUAAAUUGUUUUAUUUACCA